AUGAUGGACGUGGAGAUGACAAGUAGCUCAGUACCUGUCUGCAGGCAAGGUCUCUUCAUCCACACAGGAACCCCACUUAUGCGAGACCACCCUCUGUCCUGUGAGAGACGGCUCCACGUUGGUCAGCUGAACCUGACACACUCGGAUAUAAGGUCGCCCAGGUUUCAAGACUCCGUCGAUUCUGCUGCUCCAUGCCUGAAUGGAAGUCACCCGGCUCAGCACAUUAAGCAAGAAUGCCUGAGUGAUUAUAAGGUUCUGUCUGAGGCUUCCACACAUAGGAGGAUUAUGGAGGGGAUGGAGCUGAGAGCCUCCGGUAGUCUGCAUCCUGAAAUAGACCUAAUGAAUAAUAGCUUUACAAAUUCACUUUCAUCCUACUUGUUUAAUAAUGAACAUAGCUCCUCCCUGGGUCCUUUGUCACUUGGCACCCCUCAGCACUCAGCCAGGCUACAAACAAGCAACCUGAAGAAGAGAUGCAUCUCUGUUGUGCCGUCUUCGGCUGAAGGAAUUGAUAUUACAGCUAUCAUCCGCACAUCACAGACGUCACUGGUCACCUGUGUGAAUGGACUGCGAACUAAUUCAGCUGGCAUUUCCUCUCAUCCUGUGGAGAUCAGUCAUCACAGUGCUCAAAAAUCCUCUCGGCCCCAGUCUUGCUCUCAGCCUGGAAACCCUUGCAGUGUUCCCUCCCCUCCAGCAUGUCUUGUCCCUAUUUCUGCUGAAUGUGACAGAGGUGACUGUGAGCAGAUACAAAUGCAGCAAGUGGAGGAGAAUGGAAGCCUCAGCCUUAUGAUGAAUGGUACUAGCAUUCCUCAUCAGAACACCUCACACGGCACCCAGAAGGUGAGUUUCUUAAAACAAGAACCAGCUGACGAUUAUUCCUCUGCUGCUGAUCUUUUUCGACAACACCAGGGACUGCCUCCCCCUUACCAUCUGCACCAGCAGCUAAACCAGGCUCAAGGGACGCUGCCUCACUUACAUGCCUCUAUGUCUCCAAAGUCCCUUCAGCCCAGUGAUGGGGACGAACAGGACCUCAGCAAUGGCAAACAGGUCUGUCGGUGGAUUGACUGCAGUGCCACUUACGACCAACAAGACGAACUGGUCAGACACAUAGAAAAGACUCACAUUGACCAGCGGAAAGGAGAGGACUUCACUUGCUUUUGGGCAGGCUGUGUCCGCCGGUAUAAACCCUUCAAUGCUCGUUACAAACUGCUGAUUCAUAUGAGGGUUCACUCUGGAGAGAAACCAAACAAGUGCAUG